GCGGGCGCCCCACCCGGAACCCGGCGAGCGCGCGGGCGGGGACGCGAGCGCGCAGAGCUGGCGGGCGGCCCCGCGGCCCCCGGCCCCCCAGCCAUGUCGGCCGAGGAGAUGGUGCAGAUCCGCCUGGAGGACCGCUGCUACCCGGUGAGCAAGAGGAAGCUCAUCGAGCAGAGCGACUACUUCCGCGCCCUCUACCGCUCCGGCAUGCGCGAGGCCCGGGGCCAGGAGGCCGGCGGCCCCGAGGUGCAGCAGCUGCGCGGCCUCAGCGCGCCAGGCCUGCGCCUGGUGCUGGACUUCAUCAACGCCGGCGGGGCCCGCGAGGGCUGGCUGCUGGGCCCGCGGGGAGAGAAGGGCGGGGGGGCGGCCGAGGAGGAGGAGAUGGACGAGGUGAGCCUGCUGUCCGAGCUGGUGGAAGCGGCCUCCUUCCUGCAGGUCACGUCCCUGCUGCAGCUGCUGCUGUCCCAGGUGCGGCUCACCAACUGCCUGGAGCUGUACCGCCUGGCGCAGGUGUACGGGCUGCCCGACCUGCAGGAGGCCUGCCUGCGCUUCAUGGUCGUCCACUUUCACGAGGUGUUGUGCAAGCCCCAGUUCCACCUCCUGGUGGGGUCUCCUGCUCAAGCCCCAGGGGAUGUCACCCUGAAGCAGAGGCUGAGGGAGGCCCGGAUGACUGGAACGCCUGUCCUCGUGGCCCUGGGGGAUUUCUUGGGGGGACCCUUGGCCCCUCACCCCUACCAGGGGGAGCCCCCGUCCAUGCUCAGGUAUGAGGAGAUGACUGAACGUUGGUUUCCGCUGGCCAACAACCUUCCCCCCGACCUGGUGAAUGUCAGGGGUUACGGGUCUGCCAUCCUGGACAACUACCUCUUCAUAGUGGGCGGGUACAGGAUCACUAGCCAGGAGAUCUCCGCGGCGCAUUCCUACAACCCCAGCAUCAACGAGUGGCUCCAGGUGGCCUCCAUGAACCAGAAGAGAUCUAACUUCAAACUUGUGGCCGUUAAUUCAAAACUCUACGCCAUUGGCGGGCAGGCUGUUUCCAAUGUCGAGUGUUACAGUCCCGAGCAGGACGCGUGGAACUUCGUGGCGCCCUUACCAAACCCUCUGGCCGAGUUCUCUGCCUGUGAGUGUAAGGGCAAAAUUUACGUCAUCGGAGGGUACACGACCAGAGACCGGAACAUGAACAUUUUGCAGUACUGCCCCUCUUCCGACAUGUGGACGCUCUUUGAGACGUGUGACGUGCACAUUCGCAAGCAGCAGAUGGUGUCUGUGGAGGAGACCAUCUACAUCGUGGGCGGGUGUCUCCAUGAACUGGGGCCCCACCGGAGGGGCGGCCAGAGCGAGGACAUGCUCGCCGUGCAGUCCUACAACACGGUCACGCGGCAGUGGCUCUACCUCAAGGAGAACACGUCCAAGUCGGGCCUCAACCUGACGUGCGCACUGCACAACGACGGCAUCUACAUCAUGAGCAGAGACGUCACCCUGUCCACCAGCCUGGAGCAUCGAGUUUUCCUCAAGUACAACAUCUUCUCCGACAGCUGGGAGGCAUUUAGGCGAUUCCCGGCCUUUGGACAUAACUUGCUGGUGUCCUCUCUUUAUCUGCCCAAUAAAACAGAAACGUGACUGAGCAGACCUAGUGUUUAAAAGACACUUGGUUCCAGACAAAAAAAAAUUAUCCACAAAGAAGUGUGUCCCAUUUCAAGGGAGACUGAUUUCUAAAGGGAAACUGUGGGUUAAAGUAGGUCACAUGUACAAUUGCUGUCAACAAGCUGACUUGAACAAAUUACUUGAAAACUUGUGGAGAGAAGAGACCAACUUCAUUAUUUUUUAAAUUAUUGGCUUUUAAAUUAUGGGAACAAAUCCAUGAUCAUGUUUUCAUCCAGAUAUAAUACCCUUAGGCCGGUGGUGAAAACUGAUCAUCACGAACAACCUUCAUUGUGUCUGCUUAGUAAAGGACCAAUGCCAGUAACCGGCGUGGGUGGUAAGGGUGGUUUUAAAAUGUGUUUUAUUUGGGUCACUUGAAAUAUCAUGAAUACCUUAAGUGAAAGUUUUAUUUUGUUGUUCACUUACUUGACGAACAUUUAUAUUAACACUGUGUUCUCCCCCCCCUCCCUCAGUUAUGCCUGCAUUCACUUCCAGUGUGUUGAAAACAGGGUUCUAUGUUUGCACAUUUUAUUUGCUACCUUCCAGGCAAGGCGCAAUGACGCAGCUGUGCAGUGAAGCCUUGCAAGGCAGGACCCGGUCCUCCCAAACUCGGUAAAGACAUUCUCAGCUACUUUUCCAGUCUUUUUUGCAGUUAUGAAUGCUGAGUAAAUAGGCAGAUAUAGCCUUCGUUUUAUUUAUGUGGCAGAUUGCGGAUGUAUGUGGUCAGAUAAGCUGCAUUGCUAGGCAUUCUGUAUUGUUUAAAAGAAGAUGCCAUGUUUAAAAGGAUGGAGAUAUAUAUAUGUAUAUAUAUAAUUUGUAUAUGUGUCUAUAUAGUUAAUAUAUAGACAUGUAUAUAUAUCAUAUAUAUAAUAUAUAUGUGUGUGUAUAUAUAACUUGAGUUUUAAAUCUAAAUUCAGAUGAGAAGGGAAAGAAAUACCAAAUAACAAAAAACACUGCCUUUGAGAGUUACUUUUACUGAAAGUAAUUGACUUAUUAGUUCUUUUAAGAUUUGAAAAAAUAAUCUUAUGUUUAGAUCAUGCAUCUUUCUGAUUUAAUUUUAGCCCUGUAAUUCAUGCUUUGCUUUUGUGGGGUAAGGCGAGGGCAGCUGUGAAAUGUUGGUGCUGGAGAGAGGGGAAGAAGCUCUUAUGGCCGUGGCCCGGCACCGGGGGUGUUCGUGACCUUAGGUAAGGGGCUCCGCUUGCCUCAGCGGUUAGAUCAGAUGCAUCCUCGUUCAAGCACUUGUUUGUUUUCCAUAAGUCGGGUCACAGCGGAUAAAAGCUUCUGCCAAUCACAGAUCAGCAUGUCUUUAAAAACAGAACACACAUACUUACAGAAAUUGUAUUUUGAUUGAUAAACACUGUCUGAAAUUCUCUAAUCCUUUGCAAUGGAAUCAGUUAAACUGUGUGCUGGAUUCUGUCCUUCUGUUCCAGCAUUCUGGUUGCAGUGUGCCUCACUUUGGGCAAAUUCCACAGACAGACAGACAGACGGACAGACUGUCGUGACACACUCACGUGUUUACCAGACACGCUCGAGUGCCUCCAGUCGGCAUUCACCAUGCACACAUAGUGGAGAGGAGUUAACAAGCUCUUCCAUUCAUCAGAGGAGUUGCCACAGGGUCUCUUUACAGUCAUGGUCUCCUCGUGUAUUUAGAAUAGAGGUCUGGCUGUCAGAAUUGUAUUUGCACAGCUUUUCAGGAAUAGUACCAGGUGAAAAAUGAGGUAAUCCUUUAUUGUGGACGUGGGGACAGAUCUUUGUAUCUUGUCACCAACUAAUCUUAUCAGUACUCAGAACACCAUUUAAGGGUUUCUAAGCCAUAUCCAUUUAUUCUCAAAUAGCCUUUUAAAAAAACCCAACAACUCUGAGCUGAAAUCUUCCUGAGAGUGGUACUUUAAUAAUAGGUUGAUAUUCAUUUAUAUUCAUUAUAGAAUUGAGUUUCUAGUGAUCUGUAUUCCAUUACACAUGUUUUAAAAUCUAAUUUAUUUUAGGUAGCUUUAACUUCUAUUGCCACAGAGCUUAAAUUUUUAAAGUCUUAACCUUACAUAUUCAGAAGAUUCAAGCCAGUUGAAGUAGUUCUAUAAAAGCAAUUAUAGAUUAGCUUGUAAAUAACCACAUUGUAUUAAAUGCAGUAUUAGUCCUGCCAACCAGCUCUCUUCCUCAUUACAUUCUUUGGGCCUGUUUUCCUAAUGCCAACAAUUAGAUCCUUGGACCAAGUGAAGGCAUAUUCUGAUGCGAAAAGCUCUUUUUAUAAAUCCGGUUUGGCGUGUGUGUGUGUGCACGCGUGUAUCGGUGUGUGCAUGUGUCCCCUGGCGUGGCGCAGCUCUCUCCGGGACUCACAGGCUUCUAACAAGGCGCUGUAGCUCUGGGCCAGGGAGAAUGUGCACUAGGGGCAGGUCGGCGAAUUCGGGACGUCGUUCCUCCUGCUGCGCUCAUCAGCUGUGUUGACAUUUCGAGGGCCGUUUCCAUCCAGCUCUGUUCCCUUGUCGGUGCCGUGUUACAGUGAAGACUCCACCCAUGUUCAAGGCGAAGCUGCUUUGAAAAGCAUCCCUAAUCCCCCAGGAUUUUGCUCCUUAAUACUAUCCCUCUGUUUUCUCCUUUUCUCUGUGUUGUCUGUCUUUCCUGAGAUGCCUCUGUGGGGUGCUGACCUUCCACUGUGGGGAGGGGAGUUCCGGGAGGAGCCCCCAUGGUGGCCCCCCUGCCAGGAGCCCCCUAUUUACCUAGAAUGGUCUGAACCCCAGACAGUGAGUGAGUCUUGAGCUUGGGUUGGUGGGGGGACAGGAUGUGGUUAUUGGUUCUUUCAUUCUUUCUGAUUUUCUUUUCAAUGCCUUGAGUGUCGGGCCUCGCCCUUUAGUGUUCUUUGAAGGGUUUUCUAAUGAACCUGUGAGAUUUGAUUAUUUCAACAGGGUCAGGUAAGUCAUGGCAAUGAAGUACUGCAAAGGUUGUGGAUCACAGCACAAAACAAGUAGAUUAAGCCUGAACACCAAAGAGGUGGACUCUGCCAUUUCUUUGGACCAAGAUCUCAAGUAAUUCCAAAUGCCUUAAGUAUCAAAGUCAUACUGAGAUGGAGCACGUGGAGUACAUUCACUCUCCACAGAAGGAGCGAGCGAGUAAAUGCUCCUUCUCUUUCAAUAAACUUACUUACUGAGCAUCGUGGAUGCCGUGUUUUCAAAUUUCCAGGUUCGAGUCACGACUCUACCUGUUUAAGUGCAGGCUGAUCGAAUGGAAAGGCCUCGGUCUUCCUGGUCAGCCAGCGUUUAAUGAGCAGUGGCUUAAUGCAGAGCAUUCGAGAGGCAGUAUAGCAGCAGAAAGGUGACACUCCGUGUCAUCGGUCCUUCAAGGUGGCAUUAUGGGUGAGUGGCACAGCUUUCCUCUGCACCAGGAAUUGCCCUCAGAGUCCAUCACCAGCCUGUCAGAGAGGUGAAGUAUUUGUCAUCUCUGCCUUAGACAGACAAUGGAUGAAUUAGGUGAGUAGAUACUACCCACAAUGGCUUUAGAAGUAAUGAGGGGAUUUAGCUCAGCUCCCCGGUUCCCAGAAAUAUUUUCAGCCUGUCAUAUGCAAGAAGGCAAGGCUAAGAACUAGGGACACAUGUAAAUAAGCCACCAUCCCUGACCUUGAAGAGCUUACCACCUUGUGAAAAUGUUCGCCAUAAUUGUAAGUAGAGCGUCCUUCAAACACACCCACUUUGGUGAGGCGCACAGGCUCUCUCUGGCUUGGCAGCCUCUUCAGGCCCGGUCCAGUCUGUCCAUUUAUGAUUUGCUGCCAUGUACCAGCUUUUCUCUAAACUUGAACAUUAUAUUUUUGUUUUUAUGGUGUGCUUUUUUCCUCACUACUUUUCAUAAUCUCUGUACUUCUUUUGGGGGGGGCAUUAUGUGAUCUUUAUAUAAAAAUACUUACUGGGCACCACAGCCUAUGUUGCUGAAGACUCAGCAACUUGAGCCCUUGAAAAGAAGGAGCAAAGCCAGGGACGUUCGUGUUCACAGAGAGGCAAGCUGCCUGUGUGCGCAUUUAUACCCACGCCUUUAAAACACUUCCAUAAAGAGAGUAAGGCACUAGUUCGGACCAAAAGUGCGUUGAUUUUGCCAUUGUGUGAACUGUCAAAGGGUGUUUUCCCAGCCUUAUGUUUCCCUCACAUGUAUUCACUUUUCAUUUUUUUGUGUUAACUUUGGGGCACGAUACAAAGUACAUACCAGUUGGCACAUGCUGACUUCUGCACUUGACAUAACCAUUUUUAUUCAUUCCUACGGGAGACAGAUUAACUGUAAAAGAUUCAAUUUUGAGGAACAAAAGUGUGCCGAAAUUACUUCAAUGAGUUGGCUGGUGCUUUCUCCCACGGAUGUCCUAGUUUGUUACUAGUUAAAAAAGGAAAAUGUAAAAUGUAAUUAUUGUCAUUUUUCUUCUAAAAAAUCUUAUAGGGGCUCUUUAGAUGUCUCUACAAUGUUUUCAUAUCUAGUGGUCAUUUUGGGAAAAAUGAUAAUUUGUAGAAUAAAUAGUUAUGUUUUGUUAUGACUGCUACAUUGUUAAAAAGAUUGUACUGAGUCUUCAGUUUCAAGCGUGACUUAAAAUGUAAACAUUAUCAUAUGGUUCAUUUAAAUACAAUGAUGCCUAUGAAGCACUUGCUCAACCAGCACCCAUUUUGUGUUUAGAACUCUAGAAGAAAAUGUCUUCAAAUAAAGUGGUUCUAAAUCA